AUUUCCCCUUUUGAAAAGGUACUCUCCACUGCUCCAGAUAACCUCUAGCGUUUUAUUUUUACUUUGGUGAAAUGCAGGUCAACCACAAUGGAGUGUUUUUUAGUACCGUGAAUCCAGACCUCUAUUUAUGUCCACAACUUCACACACGUCAGAUGAAUUUCAAGCACACGCGUACACGCGCGUCUCCAAGGUAAACCAGCGUUGAUUCGUUUAGACUGUUCCAUCAGCCGUAAGUGUUUUUUCCCCCCCAAGUUACCAAAGAGAACAUUGUGUUUUAUAUGGACUUUCUUGUGAUUCGUGGCCUUUUACGUCUGCCUUCGAUUGCGAUGCUUGAAAGUAUGACUCAUGAAAUGUGAAGGAUCAAGCGGGCCGUUGUGGCAGUUCAGCGAGGAGGUUUCCAAGUUGCUGGCAUUCAAAUACGCCGCAGCCAAUUCCCAACGGUUCAGUUUUUUUCUUUUAUCUGAUUUGUGGAAGUUCGCGAGGAACAAAAGCCGUUAACCUUGAGUAGCACUGCAAGCAGUCUGUGUGACCGCUUCUUAAUGCAGCCGAAAGCGCGCGCCGUGACUUCAAUUUAGGGAGAGUGCCAGGCCGCGGUCUCUCUCCGGCACCUUGGGAAAUUCGAAUGGAUCAGGCCGCCAUAACCGCAGUAAAUGUGAAGCUCCUCUCUUGACGGUUAGCUAAUUGCAUUUUAAUGUGUUUGCGAGGCAGCAAACGAGAGCUCUGCCUUCUCUGUCGGAUUAAAUGUGAUCAGGGAAACGGGCAAAAGAAAAAUAAUAAUAAUAAAAAACACUGCCAGUGGAAGAAAAAAGGUACAUGUGGAGAAAAAGUAAUAAACGCAAUGAGCUGUGUGUCUCGGAGCGGCGCAUCAAUAAUGAAAGAAAUAAUGGCGUUUAUCUUCGCUGGCACAACUAAACAGGCCGCCAUUUUGUAACGAAGAGUACAUUCCUACAAUAAAGUAUUUGUCCCAUUUGGUGCCGUGUUUUCUAAGGUAACAUGAAUGUCUAAUAAACAGGACAACGCGUAUCGAAAUAUUGUUCAUAUUGGUUCAGCCCUUUUGCAAUAUGGAGAUCAAUGUGACGUUGCCCAGGCCUGUUGCCUUUCCGUGUGAAUAAGUCACUGAAAAGCAUUUUAUUGCGGCUGUGUGGAUCAAAACGUCUUUCGUGAGGUUAACACUUGGUCAGCGAUAAGUUUUGAGUGUUCCAGACUGCGUUCCUGAGCGUAUAGUCUGGUUUAGGUAGAUGUUCUCAUCCUGCGACGCACCGCCUGUUAAAUGUUUACCUCGUUAUAAAAUUGUCUAUUUCUGAAGCUGUGACACAGACGUAGCUAGGCUACAGUUUUUUUUCUUCAGUGAGCACACUAAUGGGCACUUACUGUUCUGCAAACAAUCACGGCGGCUGUACGCUUGCGGUCAACUCAAUAGUUUAAAUAUGACUUUACUGCGUUUUUAGCAACUUUACAUUCCACAUAGCCCAAAUGUCCAGAAUCGUUUCCGUUCAUAUAAUGUUACCACCCCCUCUCACUUUCUUUCCCUCCGAGCAUCGCAUCUCUCGUAGACCUUUCUAUAUUUAAAUGCGAAAUAAAUCUGUUUAGUUACCAUAGCUCUAAGUAAGUUUCCAAGGAAACCGAUGGGAUGACAGAACAGACUCGAAGACCGAGACGAGGUAAAUUCCGCUCACGUGCAUUCUGAUGUAUCUCGAGCUUCGCGGAGUUCGCUUGCAACUUAUCUUUAAAAACCAAGAAUGCUAUUUCCCAUGUCCGUUCCACAGUUUUAGGAUGUAAAAGGUUAGUGAAUAAGUAAUAACAGAUGAAGGCCUAACUGCAAUUCUGAUUUUCUCAUUGUUUGCACCUCUCUGUGACAGUCCACUUGCGAUUCUACUAGGAUGUGUGUAGGCUCUUACUGGGAUAAAAGGGUGCAGUUGUACAUGGCCAGCAUGAAAUGGGAAUCUAUAAUCUUAAAACGAAGGAUAACAAACUGUUGCCGUGCGUAGAGACAACACGCCACAUAAUCACUUUUUGAUGUUCACAGCCGAUGGCUACGUUCAUAUUGGCGCUUAUGAAACAAGACCAGGUCAAAACCUAGUAUAGGGCUGGACCUAACACACUUCUUCCGGCCGACCAAUGGUGUAACUUCAUCACUCACUCGGUCACUCAGUCACAGACAUUCGCGUUUAUAGGGCUGGCCCCAUUGUUGCGGUCCAGCCAAAAAGUAGCGUAAGCCAAGGCAAGGACGGAACGAGGCUCUCCUAUUGGCUAUGUUAAGUACAACUGCGAGCGGGCUGUGUGUAUAAAGUCUGCCGGCAGGUGCGCGCAACUCCUAUUGUUGCGGUUCAGUCUCGAGUUAUUAUGAGGGGACGCGGCGCACGCGACGGGAAGGCAGGCUGAAGACACUUGUUAUUGAAUACUCUUCUAUAACGGCGAGAAACCCCUCAGUCCCAAAGGAGAGUCACUCCUUCAGCCCCUCCUCCAAUCUGCCCCCCCCCCCCCCACAAACCCAGAUCAUGUGGCUGCUGGAGAAGAUCCGGGGGUCGGUGGAGACCAGCGUGCUCCGACAGGCCGAGGGCGGGGAGAAGCAGGGCAAGGUCCCGGCCUACAGCAACGUCCUGACCCCCGACAAGAUCCCCGACUUCUUCAUCCCGCCGAAGCUGAUGUGCUGCCCGGCCGAGGGGGAGGAGCCUGAGGCCGCGCCCAGGCCGGCGCUCCGCCCCUCCACCUCCGAGCAGGCCAUCGCCGGCCGGAAGCCCUCGGGGAGCCCCCGCAGCCCCCGCCUGCUCAGCAAGCUGGCGGGCGACACCCGGAACCUGCUCAAGGCCGCCAACCGCCACAUCAUCCAGAUCGAGAGCGCGGACGAGGCGGCGGGCGGCGGCGGCGGCUACGCCGGCGAGCUCGACACCAACACCAACGCCGACCCGCAGGCGCAGACGGCCAUGUCGCUGCCGUACGUGCCCAAGGCCCAGACGUCCUACGGCUUCGCCACGCUGGCCGAGAGCCCGCACACCCGCCGCAAGGAGUCGCUGUUCCACAGCGAGCACACCAGCCCCAUCACCUCGCCCAACGCGCAGCGCCGCAGGGGCCCGGGGGAGGGCAACCACCUGAACCCGGCCGACCUGAACGCGGCGCACGCCAACCCGUACCGCUACUUCAGCGGCGGCGAGAGCGACACCUGCUCGUCGGCGGAGUCGUCGCCGUUCGGCUCGCCGCUGCUCUCGCGCUCCGCCUCGCUGCUCAAGAUGUUCACGCAGGAGACGCAGGCCAAGGUGUCGCGCGCCAAGCGCUCCUUCGCCCGCCACUCCUCGCUCUCCACCGACGAGUGCAGCUCGGCCGACACCAGCCCCAGCAUCCCGCGCCGCGCCCGUCGCGCGCCCUUCGCCCGGGGCGUCGCCGGCGGGGGGGCGGGCGGCGGCGGGGGCGGGGACGGGCAGGCGGGCUCGGACCGCGCCCGCCUCCAGCGGGAGCACACGGUCAACCUGCACAAGGGCGGGACGCUGCGCCUGUGCACGGAGUACGACGCGGACGCCACGCGCCUCCGCAUCCGCGUGCUGGCCGCCGAGGACCUGUACGACCGCGCCUGCGACAUCAAGGGCAUCAACUGCUGCGUGUCGCUCUACCUCAACCCGGGCAAGCUGCAGAAGCAGCGCAGCACCAUCAUCAAGAACAGCCGCAACCCCGUCUUCAACGAGGACUUCUUCUUCGACGCCGUCCCCGCCGCGCAGGUCAAGAACCUGGCCGUCAAGAUGAAGGUGGUGAACAAGGGCACCAGCCUGAAGAGGGACACCCUGCUGGGGGAGAGGGAGGUCCCCUUGAAGGACCUGCUCUCCGGGGUCUAGGCCCAGCUCUGGGUUUCCCCCCCUGGGAGGAGGUCGAGAGCGGGGGGGCUCUUUGGAGGGGAACCAGUUGACAGCCAAACGUCCGACCGCCCGGCCCUUCUCAGAACCAAGCCAGGUGUCAUGGUCCCGCCUUUGCCUGGAAGGCCUAGGGCAGGGCUGCUUCGCCUGGGGUCACCCACCACCCUCAUUAAACCCUUAGAAGAGUAGGAUUUUUUUUUUUUUGGAAUGUUGUUUUAUUUCCCAAGAUUCUCAGUCGGUGUUCUGGAACUCCAUUGCUCACAGCUGACAGUAGCGAUUGUUGCAUCAGCAUUAGAAUGUUCAGACGAGACGAUUCUCAGUCACACAUAUAUUUGUGAUUUUACACCUUGAGGGAUUAAGCAGGUCUGUCUGGAGACCAACUCUAUGAGAUGGAGGCCUGGUGGGGGGAUGGGGUUUUUGGGGGGGGGGGGGCAGGGUGCUUUUGGAUGGUUUGGAUGUUUUGUGUAUUUCGCCCAGGUACAGGCCGUUCAAUCGAGCCGGGUGCCUGCAGUCGGCUUGCAUUCCUUGGCUGCUUUGUACCGAGCAGCUUGCGCCUUGAUGUCCUUUUUUUUCCACUCUGGUGAGCCAGGGGGCCUGGUGUAACCGUUUCUUUCUUUCUUUCUUUUCUUUUGAACAUCAGUUGAGUCUGGUUUUUCAGUUGGCUGGCCAGACUUCAUGCAGCGUUGUGUGGGGGUGUGGAGGGGGAGGGGGGGAGAGCGGGGGCGGCUUUCAAGAGACAUAACGGCCCCCAAAUCCAAAUUGCUGCGCGCUGCCCCCUAGCUGCAGUCGUUGUAAUUGCGAGAAUGCCAAAGAAUGCAAGAGCUCUACGCUUACUGUUGGCCUUGUCGUCUCCGUGACUCCGCCCAAGCGCCUCCCUCUUUGGUGUUCCGUGGGCCUGCAAAUACUGUGCAAACGCACUCUUUUGUAUUUUGUAUGUGUUCAUAUUGCUACCUUUGUCUCUUUUUUUUUCUUUUUUCCAAAUUUAUUAUCGACUUCCCUUCAGUUUUGGAAAUGACACCCACAAGCCUUAUAAAGUGAGGACUACAGUGAUUUGCAUGUUUAAAAAAAAAAAAAAGGUAUUUAUUUAAAGAAGUAAAAGUAAAAAGUGCAUAUUUAACAUGUAGUUUUGGAUGUAAACUGUCCAGUAAAUGGCAGUAAUGUACUGUAAAUGACGUACUGUAUCGGUCUUCUACUUGAGCGUCAGGUCCAGCAUGCUUGUGUAGUCGUGCCGUCGAGUUUUGGCCGCAUGGUUCCUCCGGAACAUACUGCCCCUUGUUAAAUAUCUUUUUUGGGGUAUUUUUUCCUGCGCUGUGUUUUUGAAAACGUUGAAAUGUUGACAAGGGGGUGUGGCGGGUUUUUUUUGCCGCGUAGUUUGCCUCUCCUGUCAUGUCCGUCGUUGACUUCAACUCUGGAGAGAAUAUCGUUUUUUUAAAAUUAUUUCUUUCCUGACAGGGAAUGUCCGUAUCAUCUCUGUUCCGCCCUCUGGAACAAAUCCUGAGUAUCGUUUUUUUUCUUCUGAGCGACUUUUCUCGUCCUCCAAAGCAUGCCUAUCCUUGUAAUCUUUCGGUGUUUAGACCGAAAACAGCACCAACGUUUUUGAGUGCUGCGUGCAUCAAAAGGCCGAACGGCUAAUGUUGUGGAAAUGUCACCCUCAGACGGGGGGGGGGAAGUGAGCAUUAAAGCUGCUUCACCUAGCAGGGGGUUGCAGGUUUGCUGAUGAUAUUUUAAGAUGUCCCUGUGGGAAAAAAAAAAAAAAACAACCUCCUCCAACUUUAUACAGAUGCACUUUUUUUAAUGGAUUACAUGAUGGAUUCCUUUUCUUUCACAGCUGCUGUUGUGGUUCAACUUUGACUUUCGAUAAUAAAAAACAAAACGAUCGCUGUCCCUGGAAGGAAUGAUGCGUGUAGAGAGAUGGUCGUUUCCGGGGGAACGUGUUGCCUGGGAUGUGCGUGCAACCGUUCCUCGUGGACUGCCCACAGCAGGAGAACAUGGAGACCUUCCUGAGGAUAACCAAUCAGAAGCUCACCUGGAAAACACGCGACUGUUUUCUCUGGAACAAAUCCAUCCUGACAUUCCCCAUCUCCCCCCCCCUCAACGUUUCCUCAACACAAAAGAAGAAGAAAAAAACAGAACAAAACAAACUCCCUGGAGGAUCACAUGUCUGAUAAUGGUCCAACCGAAAAAAAGAUCCCCUCGGCUCUAAAUUACCCAGCUGGUUAAUUGGCUUUGUACGUUUUAGACCCAUUUAUUUCCCAGAAUGCACCACAUUAACACAGUUCUGAAGUGUCAUCAGCCGUUGUCAUUUUGCGAAAUGAGUCUACCCGGAGAGCGUAGCCGCAGAAUCUGCAGCUUGUUGGUUUAGCAUUGUGAGCAGAGCGUUCUGCUCGACUCUCCCACGUCCUGUUGAGUCGACGUUUCGAAGCGUCGUCUUCGCUGCGGACUGAUUACUCCGUGGUUAUGGAGAAUUCUCUCCCCGCUGACGCACUGAAUAAGUACAUUCAUCACGUGACGUGGCCUAAUGUGGCUGUAAAGAACUGGUGCAUUGUACGCUACGGAGUAGCUCCCCCCAAGAAAACGGCUUGUUCUGUUUUUGUCGUAUUUUAACCCCUAAAAAAAAAAAAAAAACAGUUAAUGGUGGUAGCAUGCCUCCAGACUUCCCUGACGGAAGACAACCGUUGCUGUCCAGACCUGGUAUUAUUCGUCUUUCCUGUCUGAUUAUUUCCCAUGGCAAAACUUGACACUCGGUUGGAACCACGGGGGCGCCCAUUUGGACCCUGCCGAAUUGCCCUCUGCCAGGCUAGCAUUUAGCAUGUUACGCCGACUUUGAUGACGCGUUGAAUUGCGGUGUUGAGACGACCUGUUCCCGGUGUUCAUUACACAGCACCGCUGAAUUUCAGGCCCCCGGAUUUCUCAUUCGCCUCAUCAGAACUCAAGGGCCAUCAUCGUGGACAGAGAAGGCCAUUAUGAUCCUUUUUUUGGGGGGGGGAGGGGGGGAACGGCUGUUCAAUUAUGCAUGGGAGAGAAAUGGCCUUGACUGGCAGGGAUCUUUCAAAUGAGAAAUUGAGAAAGGCCUUCUUCUGUUGUGUUAAUGGAGAGAAGGGGGGUGGGGGAGAGGGGGGGCUGAGUUGGACUGAUCCAGAUUCCUGCUAUUAUAAUGGCCACAGGUGUGAGAUUAAAAGAUUUCUCCUGAAAUCCCUUGGUUUCUGAUGUGCUGAUUUAAAAACGUCCCUUUGGUGUGUUUCGACAAGAUAAUGACAGUGUCAGUGAUUUAUUUUUUAAAAGAAGUAUUUUUAUUUUCUAUUUCUAUAUAUAUAUAUAUCAACCACAGCAUGGCUGUAUUUUUUAUAUAUUGUGAUGACAAUUGUUGAAAGAUGAAGUUAAAAAAAAAAAAGAGGACUCAUUUUAUUCUUGUACUUGAAAUUGUCACGUGACUAUACUGUUUGUAUCUUUGAAGCGACAUGCCUCUAUUAAAAAAUGCAGAUGCAUCGUG